GCUCGCGCUUCCGCUUCCGGGCAGAAUCUCAGUCAGCCCUCUCUAAAAUGGAUCUGAUGGGCUGUUGAUUAUGUUAGCUCUCACACGUGUUAGUGUACUUGCGUAUUUUACGGGAGAGCUCAUUUGCAUCGGCGUUUGAACUGAAGCGCGGUUUGGGUUCUGCUCGGUUGUUGGACAGCUCAUUUCUGACGGUUUACAGGUCGGGGCUCUCUUGCUAAAAAGUCCCGCAGCAUCUCUUGUGUUAGCGAGCGGUGAGCUAGCCGGCUAAAAGUACCGGGUAGCCAAGUAGCGCGGCUCUGUAGCCAGGUUUCGCUGCUUUCACUUAGCGAGCAGCAGAGAUCAGAGUGAAAUGUGUGAAAGAUCCGCUGUGCACGGAUACCCAGCACGCCUCUGAGACUUUUUAAAUACUCUCUCAUCACCCAUUAACGGGUUUUAUUUGUGCUGCUCGCUGUUUUUUAAACAUUAACCCGAUCGGCGGCUACAGGACAGCAUGGGGGCGUACCUAUCCAAGCCCAAUACGGAGAAAACCACAGCCGACGGGGGAAACCAGAAGCUGAGCUAUGGACUAGCGGCCAUGCAGGGAUGGCGCGUCUCAAUGGAGGACGCUCACAACUGCAUCCCGGAGCUGGAUGAAGAGACGGCAAUGUUCGCCGUUUAUGAUGGCCAUGGAGGUGAAGAAGUUGCUUUGUACUGCUCCAAAUAUCUACCAGACAUCAUAAAAGAGCAGAAAGCAUAUAAAGAUGGCAAACUGCAAAAGGCUCUGGAAGACGCUUUCCUGGCUAUAGACAGCCACAUCACCUCAGAGGAGGUUAUCAAGGAACUUGUUCAGAUAGCUGGCCGCCCACAAGAGGAGGUAGCACCAGAAAAAGUAGCAGAUGAAGAUGAUGUGGAUAAUGAGGAAACAGCUCUUCUGCAUGAAGAGGCCACAAUGACAAUCGAGGAGCUGCUUGUCCGCUAUGGGCAGAACCUGAAUAAAUCGGCCAAAAAGCUUGGACAGGAUGCCCCCAAAGAGCUGGAAGACAGAGACAACACUCACACAGAUAAAGGCAUCAACGGUGAGACAGAAUGCGGGGCAUCAGAAGCAGACAGCAAUGGAAAAGCAAAGUUGGAAGAGACAGCUGGAGGCUCUAAAAUGAGGGCAUGCAGGAGAGCGGCAGCCUCCUGUGGGGGGAGCUCUGCAGCCGGAGACGCCCCUGAGGGGGAGAAAGCAGGAGCCACAGCGGACGCUGGGCCAUCCUGUUCCUCCUCUGCAGCACCCGCACCAGGAAGUGCCAAAUCCAAGUUCUUUGAGGACAGUGACGAGUCAGAUGAAGGGGAGGAAGAAGAGGAGGGCAGUGAUGAAGAGGACUGCAGCGAGCAGGACGGUGAGGACAGCAGUGAAAAUGAAGAGGAUGACACAGAAGAAGAAGAAGAGGAGGAGGAGGAAGAGGACACUGAUGAAGAAGAAGAAAUGUGUUUGCCAGGGAUGGAUGGGAAAGAAGAGCCUGGCUCAGACAGCGGGACUACAGCUGUAGUGGCUCUGAUCCGCGGUAAACAGUUAAUAGUGGCUAAUGCUGGAGACUCUCGCUGUGUCGUCUCAGAGAGGGGCAAAGCAGUGGACAUGUCCUACGAUCACAAACCAGAAGAUGAACUGGAGCUGGCCAGAAUAAAGAACGCAGGAGGCAAAGUGACCAUGGACGGCCGUGUCAACGGAGGUCUAAACCUCUCCAGGGCCAUUGGGGACCACUUUUACAAGAGGAAUAAGAACCUCCCGCCUGAGGAGCAGAUGAUUUCUGCUUUACCAGAUGUCAAAGUACUGACUCUCAAUGAAGAGCAUGAAUUCAUGGUGGUUGCUUGUGAUGGAAUCUGGAAUGUAAUGAGUAGCCAGGAGGUUGUGGACUUUGUAAACGAAAAAUUGAAAGCAGAAGGAAAUAAAACCAAGCCGCUGUCUGCUGUUAUUGAAGAGCUGCUUGACCACUGCUUGGCACCAGACACAUCUGGGGAUGGCACAGGCUGUGACAACAUGACUUGUAUGAUUGUCACAUUCAGCCCCCACACCGGUACCAACAUGGAUGAGAACACCAAGAAACGCAAGCCAGAGGAGCAGGCAUCUGAGGAGAAUGGCAACGACAGCAAAAAAUCCAAAACGGAAUAGAGCUACCAUCAGUGCUCGCUAUACACUCUUAACGCUCUUCUGAUGAAGUCAAAUCAGACACUGUUUUUCUCGCAACACAACUCUACUGGACUUUUUUUUAUGGAUGACUCCCCAAGAAAAUGUUUUAGUUUGAAAUAAUUUGAAGGUGCAAGAAAAUUGAACUGUACACCAGCCAUUUGUCCUCAUUUUUUGUAAAGAAUUUGUUUAGAGGCCCUUAUCAACAUAUCCACAUGAACGAGUGGAGCUGUCACUCAAAGGACAGCAGUUACAUCAAUUAAAAUUUGUGAACUUUUAUGUGCUCAUUCCCUUGUACUGUACAUAAUUUUUCCAGGAAUUUGUCAUAAUUUUUUUUUUCAUUGUGAGUAUCUGUGACGCUCUGAACACCCAUGUAAUUGUAUUCAAAUACAUUUUUUUUGUAAAUUAUGUUAUUGAUGCAAUUGUUUUAAAUUUGGAGGUAAAAACAAGCAGAUGUGCAAAAUCCAUUUAACUUUCCUGAUUCAAAGAAACGCAAUCUAAAUUUGAAACAUUACUAUCAUUCCUUUGUUUUUGCUAUGUGUCAACAAUAAUCACUGUAUUUUCUCCGUCCUCUUGAGGCUCAAAGUGUAAUGAGUGGGUCUUCGGUUGCUGAGUGGACGUGCAAACUACAUGCCAUGAAUGAGAGUGACUUGAUGUCUGCAGAGGUUCAGUAGUGCAGCUGUAAGGUGGGAGCCCUCAGUGAGAGCCAGUCAUCUGUACAUAUGUCUUCUGUCUCCCUCAUGCAGCUCAAUAAGGUUUCUAUACAAGGUAUUUUGGAAAAUAUAUUUUGGUACUUUUUAGCAUCUUUGGGAGUUCUCUGAGAACAGUGAACAUUGCUUAGGAUGACAUUUUCCUGAACCAAUAAACAAGUGGAGACAAACUA